AUGGUCCCAAAUGAAGCCCAUCAGUAUAUGGGGAUCAUUCGAUUGCUUCUUCACUUUGGAUGGAUGUGGGUUGGACUCAUUGCUGUGGAUCAUGACAAUGGAGAACGUUUCCUACUAACCAUGGAGCUUCUGUUUUCCCAAAACCGAAUCUGCUCAGCCUUCACAGGAAGAAUUCCUAAUAAAAUCAGUUUAGAUACUUUUGAGGAUGUUCACUUAAUAAUCAUAAAUGUACAUGCACCUUUCACAGAUCAAAAAGUCAGUGCAUGUAUCGUUUAUGGAGAAUCCUUGACAAUUCUAUGGCUGACAUUUAUAUUUCUACAAGACCCUGAAAAUAAAGUUAAUACAUCCUUUAGAAAGGUGUGGAUUAUGACAACUCAUAUAGAUUUCAUAUUCACAGGCUUUCAAAAGGGUUGGGAUUUAAAUGUGUUCCAAGGUGCCAUUUCCUUCACAAUUCAUUCAAAAGAGGUUCAAGGGUUUGAGGAAUUUCUACAGAAUAUAAAGCCUUCCCAGGCAGAAGGAAAUGGUUUUCUGAAGGACUUUUGGGAGCAAGCUUUUGACUGUUUGGUUCCAAUGAGGAAGGAACUGAUAGAAACCGAUGGAGUGUGUACUGGGGCAGAGAAGCUGGAGAAUCUUCCUAGGACUAUGUUUGAAAUGCACAUGACUGGCCACAGCUACAGUAUAUAUAAUGCAGUUUAUGCCAUUGCACAUGCUUUGCAUGCUAUUGACUCACUUGCAACCAAGCACAGAACCAAGAUCAGGGAUGGAAGUUUUCAACUUCAGUAUCUCCAGCCCUGGGAGCUUCAUCCAUUUCUUCAAGGCAUUUCAUUUAACAACUCAGCUGGAGAAAGUGUGUCUUUUAAUGCUAAGAAGGAGAUGGGAGGUGGAUUUGACAUCAUGAACAUGGUCACAUUCCCAAACCAGUCUUUUCUUAGAGUUCAAGUUGGAAGUGUGGAUCCCAAUGAUCAUGAAGGAAAAGAAUUUAUCAUUAAUGAAAAGAUCAUUAUGUGGCACAGAGGAUUUAACCAGGUGCUGCCAGUUUCGAUUUGUAGUGACUCCUGUCUCCCUGGUUACCACAAGAAAAGAAAAGAAGGGGAGAAAUUUUGCUGCUACAAUUGUGCUCCAUGCCCAGAAGAGAAAAUUUCCAACCAAAAGGAUGAGGUUGACUGCUUCAGAUGUCCCAAGGAUCAGUAUCCAAGCAAGAACAAAGUUAAAUGCAUCCCCAAAGCUAUAAGCUUUCUGUCUUAUGAAGAGCCGUUAGGGAUCAGCUUAGUGUUCGCAGCUGUUUAUUUUUCCCUCAUCACAGGCUUAGUACUAGGGAUUUUUAUUAAGCAUAAAGAUACACCUAUAGUAAAGGCCAAUAAUCGGGACAUAACAUACACCCUCCUCAUCUCCCUCAAGUUUUGUUUCCUCUCUUCUUUACUAUUCCUUGGCAAACCUGGGAACAUUACCUGCUUCCUCCGCCAGCCAACGUUUGGCAUCAUCUUCUCAGUGGCCAUUUCUUGUGUGUUGGCCAAGACAAUCACUGUGGUUCUGGCUUUCAUGGCCACAAAGCCAGGCUCUAGGAUGCGCAAGUGGUUGAGGAACAGACUGGCCUAUCCAAUUGUGUUUUCCAGCUCCCUUAUUCAAGCAUGCAUUUGCGUGGUAUGGCUGACCACCUGUCCCCCAUUCCCCAACCUGGAUAUGCAUUCCGUAACUGAAGAAAUCACUGUGGAAUGUAACGAAGGGUCCGCCACCAUGUUUUAUUUGGUCUUGGGCUAUAUGGGCCUCCUGGCCCUCGCCAGCUUCAUGAUGGCAUUCCUAGCCCGCAAGUUACCUGACAGUUUUAAUGAAGCCAAGUUCAUCACCUUCAGCAUGUUGGUGUUCUGCAGUGUGUGGCUGUCCUUUGUGCCUAGCUACCUCAGCACCAAGGGGAAAUCCAUGGUGGCUGUGGAGAUCUUCUCCAUCUUGGCCUCCGGUGUUGGGUUAUUGGGUUGCAUCUUUUCCCCUAAAUGCUAUAUCAUUGUGUUGAGGCCCCAGUUGAACAAGAGGGAACUAAUAAGGAUGAAGAAUUAAACAAAUCCGUUCCUGGUAACAUAUAGUUGCAUGUAAAAGCUCGGCGGGAGUUUUAGGAGCAGAAUGUUUGCUAUGACAACCAUUACAUAAUCAUAAGUCUUCCUAUACAGCUUUUGG